AUGACUAAAGCCAAUACCUCGGCGGAAGCCGCCUUGCCGAGCAUGGCGACCCACGUGGAUCAUUACGAAGACCUCAAUCAAGAGCAGUCAAAACUUCUCGAUCCUAAUUCUCCAGUGCCGAUUGUAGCGCCCUCUGUACAAAUUCGCAAAGUCAAGAGUUUUACCGAUACACACAGAAUCCGAGAUGUAAAUACUGCCUCAGGUGCAGCGUCCGCUCGAAGUUUACGCCCUUAUGACCCAGUGAAUUCAUACCCAGAGGGCUCAGAUACCGGAACAAACCAUUAUGCGCCUUCCAUGCGUUCUCUGGCUUCUAUCGGAAUGGGGUGCACUGAUGGUCGAAAAAUGGUCAUCAGACGGGUACCGACUUCACCCACGGAACUUUUUCAUCUAGUGCGUCCUCCUACGCCACCAGACGAAGAUUCAGCCUCGCAUGAAAGCGAAUAUGGCGAAGAAGAGGAAGACGCUGAAACAGUGCAUUUAAAACCCAGAAGACCAUUUUGGGCCAACAAAAUUCAAUUUGUGUUGGCUUGUGUUGGUUACUCAGUAGGUCUUGGAAACGUGUGGCGAUUUCCAUAUCUUUGCUAUAAAAGUGGUGGAGGAGCUUUCUUGGUGCCUUAUUUUAUAAUACUCUUAGUAUGCGGCGUACCAAUGCUUUUCAUGGAAUUAGCUAUUGGUCAGUACACCGCUCACGGCCCUAUUGGCGCGCUCUCACAAAUAUGCCCACUGUUUAAAGGUGCUGGUCUUGCUAGCGUAGUGAUCUCCUUUUUAAUGUCUACAUAUUACGCAGUCAUUAUUGCCUGGGCAAUAUAUUAUUUUUUCACAUCAUUUAAAUCUGAAGUCCCAUGGGCCAGUUGUUCAAAUCGAUGGAACACUCAACAGUGUUGGAUGCCAAAUCAUACAAUUCCAAACAAAGCAAAUGAUUCACAGACUCCCACAGAACAAUUUUUUGAGAAAAAGGUCCUAAAUAUGAGUGAUGGUAUUGAAUAUCCUGGUGGCAUGCGGUGGGAGUUGGCGGCUUGUCUAGUGUGUGCUUGGGUUCUUGUUUAUUUUGCCCUAUGGAAAAGCAUAAAAUCCUCAGCCAAAGUCCGAUAUAUCACUACCACUUUACCAUUUCUAUUGAUAAUAGUAUUUCUUGGUCGAUCACUAACCUUAGAAGGUGCUGAUAAAGGCUUAAGAUUCUUUUUUAAACCUGAUUGGGAACUGCUCAAACAAUCAAGACCAUGGGUUAAUGCUGCGUCACAAAUCUUCAACUCGAUAGGCAUCGCGUUUGGUUCAAUGAUCAUGUUUGCUUCCUACAAUCGAUUCGACAAUAAUUUCUUACACGAUACAUUGGCUGUAUCUUUAGUGAAUGCAGUUACUAGUCUCAUCGUGGGGAUAUUUACGUUUGCUACAAUCGGAAACAUUGCUUUCGAACAGAAUACACCAGUAAAUGUUGUCAUUGCUGAUAGUCCAGGAUUAUUAUUUGUAGUGUAUCCUCAAGCAAUCGCAAAAAUGCCAGCGUCACAACUUUGGGCUGUGUUAUUCUUCUUUAUGUUCCUAUGUCUCGGUUUAAAUAGUCAGUUUGCUAUUGUGGAAGUAGUGGUGACUUCGAUCCAAGACGGAUUUCCCAAUAUGAUACGCAAGCGCCUAGUGUACCACGAGCUCUUGGUGCUGCUCGUCUGUGCUGUUUCUCUAGUCUUUGGGUUACCACAUAUAAUACAUAGUGGAAUAUACAUAUUCCAAUUAAUGGAUUUUUAUGCAGCAUCACUUAGCAUUACGUAUCUCGCAUUCUUUGAAAUGGUUGCGAUAGCAUGGUUCUAUGGAGUAGACCGAUUAUCCCGAAACAUCAAACAAAUGACUGGUCAGUAUCCAUCGUUAUAUUUUCGAUUUUGCUGGCUAAUAGCUGCUCCGGCUUUACUCCUAGCCGUAUGGGUGGCGAGCUUGGUAGACUACACACCUCCGAGCUAUAGACAAUACCAAUACCCUAAAUGGGCACAAGCACUCGGGUGGAUCAUUGCCUCACUCUCUCUCCUGUGCAUACCUGUAUACGCGGUAGUAGUUGUCAUCAGUUCACCAGGAAAUAGUAUUAGAGAAAAAUUACGUAAUUCUAUACGACCGACCUCCAUGUGUGACUGUGGGGUUGCUGGUUGCGACAUAUGCUGCUCAGAGUCUGAAACGCCUGAGGAUAAAGCAACUAUUAAC